CCUACUUCUUCAGCACCCAUACACUCCUGCUCACUCACCUGCAGAAUCAGUGCAGGCAAAGAUCUCUCUCUUUCAAGCAAGAAAAAUUUCCACACACUCACUUGAGAUCCUUGGCAGUCCCGUUCUUAUCUUCGCCUGAGGCUGAGGGAGUCAGAUCCCUCUCACUUCCAGUGGUCAAUAUUCCGGUGUGCAGUGAGAGCUCCGCGCUGGCGGCUCAGCCCCUUUCGCGCUUCAGCCUGGGACGGAAGACCCUGCUGGGGGCUGGCGUGGCCGUCAUGCUCCUCUUGGUACUGGUUGUCCUCAUCCCCGUUCUGGUCCAUUUGGUGGGAAGCAGUGAAAACGGCGGUCAAUAUGAGAUGCUGGGCACUUGUCGUAUGGUCUGCGAUCCAUUCUUGGAAAAGACUAGCUCUACUUCAGGUAUUGGUACAGGUACAGCUAUCACUAAUACACAGCUGGAGGCAGAGGCACUGACUGAUCACAGCAUGGGACCUCCAUUGCCAAACUAUGCCCAUGGACCGCAGGGCAAACCUGGCCGCCAAGGGAAGCCAGGGCUACCAGGACCACCUGGACCCCCGGGACCACCCGGAGAGCCAGGUCCCCCAGGACCAAUGGGGCCACCGGGAAAUAAAAACCACACAGAAAGACCGGAGCUCUUUGCUUUGGGUGGAAGAACCGCUACCGGAAUUGGUACUGCUGUUUUUACAAUGGGUCCUCGUGUAGCAUUUUAUGCAGGUCUGCGAAACCCGCAGGAGGGUUAUGAGAUUCUGAGGUUUGACGAUGUAGUUACGAACAUUGGGAAUUACUAUGAUGGAUCAACUGGGAAAUUUGUGUGCAAAGUUCCCGGGACGUACUUUUUCACAUACAAUGUCCUCAUGAGGGGAGGAGAUGGAACCAGCAUGUGGGCGGACCUACUGAAAAAUGGACAGGUGAGAGCCAGUGCUAUCGCACAGGAUCAAGACCAGAGUUAUGACUACGCCUCAAACACAGUCAUCCUACACCUGGACCCUGGAGACGAGAUCUUCAUCAAGCUAGACGGUGGAAAAGCACAUGGUGGAAACAGCAACAAGUACAGCACUUUCGCUGGCUUCAUUCUGUACAGUGACUAGAGUCCAGAGGACAUUUUUUCCUUGAGUUCAGCCUUUGGUUGACCAUAGGUAAGAGAGACAAAGAUGUCUUUGUUGAUUUUACAAUGCCAGGCACAGUUGUAAAUCUCUGAUAUUUUGUCAUUUUUAGUAAGCCCUUCCCUUCUGUAAAAUUCAGUUUAAACUGGUAGCUGUGUUUUGAAACAUGGUAGCUUGUUAUUAGGUGAUCCAAGCUGGAUUUAGCUUGUCCAAGCUGGUUAUUAGCUGAUUUGUAGCUGGUCCAAGCUGGUUUUUAGCUGGUCCAAGCUGGUCAUUAGAUGGUCCAUGCUGGUUAUUAGAUGGACCAAGCUGGUUAUUAGCCUGCCCAAGCUGGUCAUUAGCUGGUGCUGGUCCAAGCUGGUGAUUUGAUGGUCCAAGCUGGUCAAUAGAUGGUCCAAGCAGGUCUUUAGCUGGUCCAAGCUGGUCUUUAGCUGGACCAAGCUGGUCAUUGGUUGGUCCAAGCUGAUUUUUAGCUGAUCAAAGUUGGUUAUUGUCCAAGCUGUUUAUUAUCUGGUCCAGACUGGUCAUUUGAUGGCCCAAGCUGGUCAUUAGAUGGUCCAAGCUGGUUUUUAGUUGAUCCAAGCUGGUCAUUUGAUGGCCCAAGCUGGUGAUUAGAUGUUCUAAGCUGUUUUUAGCUGAUCCAAGGUGGUUUUUAGCUGGUCCAAGCUGAUUUUUAGCUGGUCCAAGCUGGUCAUUAGAUGGUCUUUAGCUGGUCCAAGCUAGACAUUAGAUGGUCCAAGCUGGUCAUUAGAUGGUCUAAGCUGGAUUUUUGCUCAUCCUAGCUGGUUUUUAGCUAAUCCAAGAUGGUUAUUUGCUUGUCCAAGCUGGUCAUUAGAUGGUCCAAGUUGGUUAUUUGCUUGUCCAAGCUGGUUAUUUCCUGGUCCAAGAUGGGCAUUAGAUGAUCCAAGCUGGGCAUUAGCUAUUUGCUGCUCCAAGCUAGUUACUAGAUAGUCCAUGAUGGAAAUUAACUGGUUGUCCAGCCACCAUGUACUAAAAAUCCACUUGGCCACCUUAAGCUGGUGUGACCAGCUGGUAACAGGUUUGUUGCUGGUUCAAGAUGGUCCACCAGUUCGAAUCCAGCUGCCAUGUUCCAAAACACAGUUACCAGCUUAAGUUGGAUUUUCCAGUAGGGUUGGCAUGUUUAGAUUGUGACAAAUCCUUUAGUUUUUGUUUUAUCAUCUCUACUUUACCCCCAUAGUUCUCUUUGCGCUACAGGGUGCUUUCACAUAUGAAAUUCAACAGCUGGACGAAGUUCUACUUAUGUAAACACACAUGAGUCAUAAAAUGAUUUGUUUCAGGGGUAAAAUGAUUCAUUUUGCACCGUAAAGAUCAUGGGCCAAGUUUGUUUUAGUAGGCAUUACCUUUUUGCCUCUAGCACAUCACAGUUUUGUGGUUUUAUAGCCUGUUACACUCACCUCCAGGGACCAGGAUUUAGAUUUAGCAUAGAAUUAACUUUUCUACAAGUGGAAGCACUCAAAAUCAGAGAGCAGGGCCGCAGGAAUUCAGAAUCACAUCAGACAUCAUUGAAUGAAAGCCCAAUUGUGUAUGUGUUGAUAUUUAAUUGUAGUGUUGUCAUUGUACCUGAUGGUCAAUCUGUGAAUCUACAUUGAUGUUAAUCAAUGUCUCUUUAAUGCAAUGUGAAGUAAAUUACCUUAAAUUAUGCCCUAAAGAUUUUAUAAGAUGAGUGUAUGCACCUGGUUUUGACUGCUGUAAAUUAUACCCUGUAUCUGUGUCUAUCAUAAAUCAUAGUUAUCAUAUGUGACUGAUGUAUGGAUGUGGAAAUAAUAGCACAACUAAAGCUUAACAUUCAUUUAACUUUUGGUGAUGCUAACGUCCUUCUACGUAUGUUGUUUUAAACAAAUAAUUAUGAAGUAAAUUGCUUUCUGAGCUAAUCUAACAGUAAAAAAACUUGUCAUGUAAGAGUUACCAUUUCACAAGAAUAGACAAAAAUCUUCAUGGUAACUGUAACAGUUUUAAAAAUUAGUCAUCUUUAUUUUUAUUAACAAGAUUACACUAUGUAUACAGGUAUAUGAAAUGUAUUUUAUGUUCUCAAUGUAACGGCUCACAAAUAUUUGCUUUUGCUA